AUCGUCAAUGGCUUCCAUGAAGAAGUAAACAUUGACACGUUGUUAUUGGAUGAUGUUGCUGAGGGAAGUUUGUCGAAAUUCCCUUUCUUUACUUUAAAUAUAUAAUGCAGACAGAAGAUAUACAUUAUAAACUAUAUGAAGGAAGAGAUAAGGAGAGUCCCGACCGAGAGGACCGCAAGGAUAACGGAAGGAAAGGACGAAAGCCGGGAAGAAAAUCGGCAAAGGUCGACAUGAAGGCGAAGCUGGAGAGAAGCCGUCAGAGUGCCAGGGAGUGCAGGGCUCGGAAAAAGCUCCGUUAUCAGUAUCUGGAGGAACUGGUGGCCAACAGGGAGAGGGCGGUUCUGUUGCUGAGGAAGGAAUUGGAAAUGUACAGGCAGUGGUGUAGGGAAUUGGAUGAGGGAAGGAUUCCGGAGGGUGCGCUGAAGAUGGUAGAGAAAGAAAAGAAAGAGCAGUUGGAAAAUAUAAAGAAAGAACAAGAAGCCGAGAACAGCGUGUAAUUUAUGUGACUUUUCCUGAUCAAAACAUAUAUGUACUGUACAUUUAAAUGCAAAUUUAAUAGAAAAAAUUGUAAAAGUAUAUUUAUUGUUAAAUAUUAUUAUCGUGAAUAAAUUUAUAAAGAUGUGUUUAAAGUAAUCAUU